CGGGCAUCGAUACGGCCACCGACAGAAUAGUUUUAUCGCUCACUUCGAUAAUCAUUUUUGCGGUGUUUGCGGCACUGACCCUCAUUCUUUGCGCCCUCAUGUUUGCAUACUCAUCCUCGGAAAUCACACCUAACAAUACCGAUUUUGCAGAACUUGACAUCACGGCGCGUGCAUCUCACUUGCACCUGUUCGAUGGCCUUUCGAAUGCCGAUAACGAUGAAAUCGUGUCUAAGAUUGGACAGGAGUAUUUGUGGCUGGGGGAAAGCGAGGAUGGGAGGAGCGUGGAGAUCUCGAGCGAGAAGCUUACGCCGCUGCAACUGCGGAAGGCCUACUUCUGACCUUGUCACGGUUUUACGUUUGCGCCAUAUUGAAUUAUGCUGGUUGUUGUAUCGACGAAUGUCCACUAGUAUACGACUCGAUUUUGAUACUGUACUGAGCUAUAUGUUCAUAAUUUGACGCCCAUGGUGUUGUACGUAAUGGAGAACAGUAAUUUGC